GCGAUGGUCCUGAAUUAGAGCGCAGUGGGAGUUCUGAUUGCAGGGGUUAAUGGGCAUAGAAUCUACUGGGAAUGUGUGCUCGACGCGAUUCUAACACACUCCUGUUUCUGCGGCCUUUUGAUUGGUGCUGGUCCCGUGCGGGCCGCUGGCACGGCCGUGCUCUGUAACCACUGCUCCUUGGUUGUUUGCUUCACAUCGACUUCGUUGUCUGGAGUGUGUGUAUUUUUUUUCGAGGGGAAAUUGUGAAUAUUACUUUUAGUGCUCAAUCUGCCAGGGUUGCGAAGUUUUGGUGUUCGUUGAAGUCAGGGAGUUAGUGUGAUUAAGUGGAGCGCUCUUGGUGCUGUUGCAAUGGUUGACGAUGAUCGCAGGUACAGUCGUGGCCAUGGAUUCGGUUGACGGGACUCGGAGGAGGUGGUUUGGAGGAGGAUCGUGGAUGUGCUGUGCGUUAUUAAUUGCGCUUGAGGUGUGUGAGGUGGUCCGCAGGCGCGACGGGGUGGCAACCUGUGUGUGUGUGUGUGGAAGCGCGUUUGAUCUAGAGCGGGCUGGUGGUCUGUGCGCGGGGUGUAGUGAGUGCCGUAUGCCAGGAAUGUUUAAAACUGUUUUUGGAUUGUGUGAGGAUGUUCGGAUGUGAGGGUGUGGUAAUUUAGCUUUGUGUGGGUUAUGAAUGGCCAACCGUGGCGGAGGUGGACGCUCAUUUGGUUUGUAGUUGGAUCUUGUGAUGUGCGCGAAAUACUAGAUUUACUUGGGGUGUGAUGAUGAACGUCCAAAAUCAUCUCCAGUUUCAGUGGCGUGAUUACGAAUUUUUAUUGGAGGUUUGCGCGGCUUAAUGAUCCUAUUUGCAUUCUUGAGGUGGAGUUGACGUUGGUGCUGCCUCUUUCGGAAUAUGCACCUGGAACAUGCUUUAAGUCGUAAUUGAUGCCUUUGCCGCGAAGCAUUUUUAUUAAGCGCCUGAAGUGAUGGAUAUUAUUUUACAUUAUGCUGGAAGUAAUUUUUGAGUCCUCGAUUGGUUUUAGCAUGGCCAUCUUGCAUCUUUGGAAUAUACUUGUGUGAAUUGCUCAAAUAUGUUUUGUGGUACCUGGCUCGAUUCUUGGACAGUUUAAAGUUACCGUGGAUCAGGAUGCGCUCCUGGUGCUUUACCACAGGCCACGGCGGUUGAGGGCUUUCCUGGCGACUUUGAAAUAGGCGUGAACCAGGAGACGAAGUUCCUGCUAGCCCUUCAAUAUUGAAGCUCUCUGGCAGCUACUUCUUGUACAUAUGUUAAUGCAGACACGGUUAAGUUAGGCAGCUUACCAUCAUCACAUAUUCAGGGAUAAUGCUGACACUUUGCUCAUUUCACCUUACGUUAACCUAUUUGUCAUUUUCUUUGAUUGGCUGAGCAGUACUCCAAUUUGUACACUACUUUCCAGGAAGUAUAGUGGAUUUGUUUGAGGAAUUGGCAGUGAUGGAAGCGUGCAAUUGUGUAGAGCCGCAAUGGCCUCCAGACGACCUCCUCAUGCGGUACCAGUACAUAUCAGAUUUUUUCAUCGCAUUGGCAUAUUUCUCUAUCCCGCUGGAGCUCAUAUACUUCGUGAAAAAGUCGUCCAUCUUCCCAUACCGAUGGAUCCUAGUUCAGUUUGGGGCCUUCAUCGUGCUAUGUGGAGCAACGCAUCACAUAUCGUUAUGGACCUUUACUAUUCACUCUCGAACAGUGGCUGUUGUUCUCACAACGGCGAAGGUUCUUACUGCCGUUGUUUCGUGUGCCACAGCACUCAUGCUUGUUCAUAUUAUUCCAGACCUCCUUAGUGUGAAGACUCGAGAAUUAUUUUUGAAGAAAAAGGCUGCAGAACUUGAUCGUGAGAUGGGAUUGAUUCGCACACAAGAGGAAACAGGUCGUCAUGUAAGGAUGCUUACUCAUGAAAUUCGAAGUACUCUAGAUAGACAUACAAUAUUGAGCACUACCCUAACUGAGCUGGGCAAGAUGCUUUCGCUUGAGGAAUGCACGUUAUGGAUGCCAACUCCGGAUGGUCAAGAGUUAGAGCUAAAAAAUGCUUUUCAAGCUGAUACCCUCCAUGUUACAGUGUCCAUACACCACCCAACCAUCAAGCAAGUGUUCAGUGCUUCCCGAGCAGUGGUGAUAUCUCCAAAUAGUCCAGUUUGUGUGACUCGAGUACGUGGUGGGAAGUUCAUGACUGGGGAGGUCGUUGCAAUCCGAGUUCCACUUCUUCAUAUUACCAACUUUCAUUUCAGUGGUUGGCCUGACGCAGUUAUUCGUCCUUUUGCAUUGUUGGUGCUGAUGCUGCCUUUAGAUAGUGCACGGAGGUGGCAUGCUCAUGAACUGGAGCUAGUGGAAGUUGUGGCCGAUCAGGUGGCUGUGGCCCUAUCACACGCCAUGAUUCUGGAGGAAUCAAUGCUUGCUCGAGAGCUUUUGAUGGAACAAAACGUAGCGUUGGAACAUGCCCGACAGGGAGCAGAGACAGCUAUUCGAGCCCGCAACGAUUUUCUUGCCGUCAUGAACCAUGAGAUGCGUACGCCAAUGCAUGCUAUUAUUGCUCUUUCUUCUCUUUUACAAGAAACGGAGUUGGCCCCUGAGCAGCGGUCCAUGGUAGAAACGCUUUUGAAAAGCAGUAAUCUUCUAGCCACGUUGAUAAAUGACGUACUGGACCUUUCCCGGCUCGAGGAUGGAAGUCUGGAGCUUGAUAUUCAGAAAUUUAACCUUCCUAAUGUCUUCAAAGAGGUAUCGAGCCUUGUGAAGCCAAUAGCAUCAGUGAAAAGGCUUCAAGUGAACUUGACUAUGGGACCUGAUAUUCCUGAAAUUGCAGUUGGAGAUGACAAACGGCUGUUACAAACUGCCCUCAAUGUUGUUGGAAAUGCGGUGGAGUUUACCAAGGAGGGCUAUGUGAAUGUAAUAGUAGGUCUAGAAAGAACUGAGUAUCCGCGUGACCCCCGAAAACCAGAUUUUCGCCCCCUCCCAGGAGACAACCAUUUUUAUAUCAGAGUCCAGGUGCGGGACACAGGUUUGGGUCUCAAUCCGCAAGACAUCCCUAUGCUCUUCAACAAGUUUGUACAAGCUGAUUCUACCACUACAAGAAACUACGGAGGAACAGGGCUUGGGUUAGCCAUUUGCAAAAGGUUUGUUAAUCUUAUGGACGGACAUAUUUGGAUUGAAAGCGAUGGGGUUGGAAAGGGGUCGGUUGUGACCUUUAUUGUGAAGUUAAAUUUUCCUGAGGCUCCAAGCCAUCUCUCCAUCCAGAUUGCGCCUAACUCUCAACCAAGCAGUUCUCAGUCUCGGACAGACUGUUCCGGUGUCAAAAUUUUGGUCACUGAUGACAAUGGUGUGAAUAGGAUGGUUACGCGAGGCCUACUAAUGCGGCUGGGGUGCGAAGUUACAUUGGCGGCAUCUGGACGGGAGUGCCUGCAAUUAAUUCAACAGCGAAAUCAAGCUUUCAAUUUGCUUCUGCUUGAUGUGUGCAUGCCGGAGAUGGACGGUUAUGAAGUUGCUGUUCAAAUUCAGAAAAGAUUAGGACGUCGUGAGCGACCCCUCCUUGUCGCCCUCACAGCUAACACGGAUCGUAUCACCCGUGAGAAGUGUCUUCGCCUGGGCAUGGAUGGAGUUGUCACAAAGCCUAUUUCUUUAGAAAAGAUGCGGUUGGUUCUUAUAGAGCUUCUAGAACAAGGUUCCAUUUCUGAGCUUACCCAAAGAUUAUGAUAUUGAUUGUUGGUUAGUGAACGCAUUUUUCUGACUUGAAAGUCGUUAGGGCAAAUGAGGUUCUAUGUAGAACUGAUCUUGCGGAAAUGCACCAGGGCAGUAUGUAAUUUUCUUAGUACAACAAAUGUAGAAUUUACAGUUCAACAGGUUAGACAGGUAUGCGGACAUCCCUGGUUGCACAGAAGAACGGGGUAUGUAAAUUACUCAAGAGUAUUCUAAGGUUGCAGAUGGGUCUGUUACUCCCACUUAUUCGUUCCGCAAUUGUGGACAGGGAAUAAGGCAAUCCACUGAGGUGCGUCUUGCACAAGUGUAUGAUGUUCACUCAUGCGGAGCAAACCCCUCCUGGCCAAAACGAAACCUUUGGAAAAGAAUCUCCUUUGAUACCAA